AUGAAGUACACACUCAUUGUCAAGCCUGGACAGCACAUAACCCCAUUUCGUCGCGCAUGUGAGGAGCACCACAGUCCUCCGCGCCUGUACUCUGUCCCCCCCACAACCAACUGCCCUCUCCGCUCCGAAACCAAUUACCGCCGAGUCGGCGAGAAUUGGCUCAAGUUUUUCCUCGCUAAGUCAUGGUUGCAAAUUGACAUGUGGGCUCUUAUUUGCAUCCACCGCCUGGCUCACGUAGCUUGCGCGGUGGUUUCACUCCUCCAGAUACACGCAGUAUACAGAUCAUCUCUAAAGAAGCGAAUCCGCCGCCGUCACAUGUUCCGUCCCCUCAACGCGCACAAGUGGCGGGAGCAUGUCGUACACACUCAUCAUGACACCAUCCGUACACUCAUUCGAAGCCUCAGGAGGUACUUCGCUAAAAGUACGAGUUCUCCGACCCACCCGGCCACAUCACCGACCACAUCACCACAUCAGCUGCCGCUGAAUGGAAACCGCUGCGGCUUGCGACCCUGCAGCGACCUGUGUGCGCUUCUUGCGCGCGCCACAGACAUCCCGCCACCUCCUGCCGGGCCCCACCACCACCGCUGGCAGGGCAGUAAGCGACCAAACACCUCCUCCUGA